AUGGUGAUGGAGUGUCAUUGAAAGAGCGCACCUAAAUUCUUCAACUUUUUCAUCUACAAACAAUAUUAUGGCAGAGAAGAAACGUCAGACGUUUACAGCGCAGGAGUCUCGAGAGCAUAUUCUAGAGAGUGAUCCAGAGUCUGGGGCAGAAAGUUUUUUCACGGAUGAAGAAAAUGAUUACAUGGAGUGUUGGGGCCCAGUUGAAGAUGAUGAGUCAGAGGAAAGUGCAACACCUCCGUCUUCUCCCACUGUACAUCCAUCACAGCCCAGCAUUACUUCACCAUCCACCUCUGCGCCACAAAGGACUGCAUCUCCUGCCACUUCACACCCAGGCCGCACCAGUCCCACACCCAGGAGACAUCAUACAAGAGGGAGAAGUAGGAGCAGAUCCAGAAGCACAUCUAGGGACCGCAGCAGAUCUCCACAACCCGGACCUGCAACUCUUCAAACAAGAUGGAACAGUGAACAGGACCCCGACACUGUCCCAAACCCCAAAGAAUUUACCCCAAAAAGAAACCCAGGACACCAGCUCAGUUCUGGUGGAGCAUACACUCCAUUAGAUCUAUUUUCACUGUUUAUUGACAAAAGUGCCAUUACAUCCCUUUGCACAAACAUAAACAAACAGGCUGCAAAAAACAUAUCCAAAGGGAAAAAAUACAUCUGGACUUCUUUACAAGAGACAGAGUUCUACAAGUUUCUUGGACUAACAUUUUACUUUUGUUUAGUGAAGUUGAGUUCAAUACGUGACUAUUGGAGGCAAAACACCAUAUACAGUCUGAGCUUUCCUCCAACCAUUAUGACCAGGGACCGGUACCGCACCAUAUCGUGGAAUAUCCACAUGAGUGACCCGGAUGAAGAUUUGGUCAAUGAUGCAAAAAAAAGGAACACCCCAGCACGACAAACUUUUUUGUCUGAGACCCCUGCUUGACACCCUUACAACUGCGUGUAAGGCUCAUUAUCAUCCAAGACAGAACAUCUCCAUUAAUGAAAGAAUGGUCACCACAAAGGUCUAUACUGGAAUGACCCAGUUCAUGAAGGCCAAGCCAACAAAGUGGGGGUUCAAGCUGUUUGUCUUGGCAGACAGUAUGAAUGGCUACACCAUCGACUUUGCCGUUUACACUGGAAAAUCACAGUUUGCAUCAGGUGUUGGGCUGGCGUAUGACUCAGUCAUGUCUCUCAUCAAGCCUGCGUUUCUGGGCCAUGGGUACCACCUCUAUGUAGACAGCUUCUACACCAGCCCUAAACUUUUCAAGGACCUGUUUGCAAUGAAGAUUGGUGCAUGUGGCACAUACAGGGAACACCAGAAAGAAUGCCCACGCACACAAAACAACACCCUCACAAAGAAGGAUCCCAGAGGCACAAUACGGUGGAUCAGGGAUGGCCCACUGGUGUUUGUGAAGUGGAUGGAUAUACGUGAGGUAGCUGUCUGCUCCACAAUACAUCCAGCCUUUACGGGGGAAACUGUGGCCCGGCGCUUCAAAGAUCAAGACGGACAGUGGGUCUCCGAGAAUGUUUUGUGCCCAAACCCAGUCACUCAGUAUAACAAGAAUAUGGGAGGAGUUGACCUGUCACAUCAACUCAUACAGUACUAUACAGUACACCACAAAACAAUGCACUGGUACAGGACCCUUUUUUAUCAUUUUCUGGACAUUGCUGCCACAAACGCAUAUAUUCUUCACAAGGAGUAUUAUCAGGACAAAGCAAAGAAACACAGGGAGUUCUUGGAGGAGCUGGCAGCCCAGCUGUGUGGUGUUUCAGUGGCAGUCCCUCCUUCCAAAGCACCUGGGCAACAUGUUCCAGUGCCAAUAGCUGCUCAAAGUGAUCAGAAGAAGAGGGCCUCAUAUGGAAGGAGAGGUUGUGUUCAGUGCAGGAAGAUACGUGAAAAAGAACAGUCAACUCCAUGGAAGUGCAAAGUUUGUGAUGUGGCGCUUUGUGUCAUAGCAGACAGAAAUUGCUUUGAGGUGUGGCAUGAAGACCAAUAAAACAACUGGACCAUCAUGUAUAUAUUGUUCAAAAUGUGCAUUUGUUUAUUGUUACAACCUUUAUUUUUUACAUUCUUUUGUGGUAGACCCCAAACAACCUUUAUAAAGUGUCAAAAUAUGUUUGUUAUAGUUUGCUGCGUGUUUUGAAUAAAUGUGUGUGACCAUUA